UUUUCAUAUGUUUUCUUUGAAAAAACAAUGUUUACAAUGAUCGAAGUGAAGUGCUGUUUGUAGUCGUGAAACGAAGCAGUAGUUGAAAAUUUUAGUAAAAUAUUCUUUUAUCUAGAGUUAAUUAUUAACAAAUUUGGAUACAAAUCUGCGUUGAUUGUUAUAUAAGGCUUUGUAGAAAACAAAAGGGCAGAAUUUAUAAAACUCUUCAACUCAGAGCAUUAGUGUUUUCUGAAAAUUAUGUUUUAAUACUUAGCAACCAUGACUAUUUUACCAAAGAAAAAAACUACUCAGCAGAAAGGUGAAGCUGAAAAACCUGCUGAUUCAGCUAAUCAUAAUUAUUCAAGCGAUAAUCAUGGACACACUUCACAUCCCCCUGAAGGCAGAGAAAGGUUCAAUUUUUCAUCCAGAACAUCCCCUCCAACUUGGCCCUUACACACUUCUCGUGAAGAGAAAAGGCCUGCACAUUCAUCUAGCCUAGGAUUUGAUGAGUAUGUAAAUGGGGAAUCUGGACCAAGCCAUUCAAAGAGACGUCAUCAGACAUCUCCACAUCGCAAUGUGAGAAAAGCUCGCACUCAUUCUAAUCAUUCUCAUAGGAGUGGAAAUUCAUCCAUUCCUUAUUCCAUUCCUGGGCCUUCACAAGUGCAAGGUUUAAGUACAGUUCCAGAGCGGCAAAAUAAUAAUAGCAAAGGAGAAGUGGCUGAGGGUCAAGAAGAGGAUCCUUCUGGAUAUAACAGUGGAGAUGAAUAUGAUCGUUCAUUUGACCAAAUGACAGAAGAAGAACUCCGUGAGAAAGAAAUAAUGUUUGAAGCUAAGUUGAGGAAAAAGGGAUAUUCCAUUAAAAAAAUGGGUGAAGAUGGGGCUUGUAUGUUCAGAGCUGUUGCUGACCAAGUUUAUGGAGACCAAGAAAUGCAUUCUGCAAUUAGGAAAUUAUGCAUGGAUUACAUGGCUAAAAAUUCUGAUUAUUAUUCCCAAUAUGUUACUGAAGAUUUUGAGAAGUAUCUACAAAGGAAGCGAAGUGAUCAUAUCCAUGGAAAUCAUAUUGAGAUGCAAGCUAUGUCCGAAAUGUUUAAUAGGCACAUUGAAGUAUACCACUACAGCUCUGAGCCCAUCAAUAUAUUUCAUGGCUCCCAGAAAACAGAUAAUGAGCCAAUACGCUUAAGCUACCACAGAAAUGUGCACUACAAUUCUAUCGUUGAUCCAUAUAAGGCCACUAUAGGAGUUGGUCUGGGCUUGCCUUCUUUUAAACCUGACCUUAUGAAUAAAACAUUAGUUAAUGAUGCCAUAAGAGCUUCAGAAAAUCUGGAACUGGAACAAGCAAUGCUUGAAGAUAAACUACGAGCCACAGAUUGGGAAGCCACCAAUGAAGCAAUUGAAGAACAAAUUGCAAGAGAAUCUUACCUGGAAUGGUUGAGAGAGAAUGAAGCUAAAAGUCGUUCCAAGAAUGUAGCACCAUCUGCAACAGCCACCAGUUGUUCCAGCUUGAUGGACGGAUAUUCCGGUAGUAUGUCACCACAAUCAAGCAGAAUGUUGUCCAGAUCAAGAUGUUCUAAUUCUGCCUCAUCAAGUCCAAAGAUUAGUGACAGUCACAUAAGUGAAAAAGAAUCAAAAUCUCCUUUGGCUGGCACCUCUUCAUAUAAUGAUGACAUGUAUAGUGUAUAUAAAAAACAAGAAGAGAAUGUUGGUGCCAGUGGCUCAUCUAUAGGAAAUUCUGGGUUCGAACUGGUUGAAACUGCAUCUUUUCUCAAUCAGCUCCCACCAUCUGUGUUUGGAUUAAGCGACUGGGAAGAUUCUGGCAUCUUGGCUAAAGUUUUAGCCGAAUCCCAACAGGAAUAUAUUGAUUCUUUAAAACGUAACAAUGCUAGUUAAUUUAAACUUCAUUAUCUAAGUUCAUAAGCUUUCUUGAUAAUUCUCUUAUUAAUUUACAUUCAUUGCUCACUGUAGUUCAAUCAAACUAUUUGCAUUCAAAUGUAUUUUUCUGUUUCUGUGAUGCUGUGGGAAGUAUGGAUCAAUAUGCGUUAAAAAAAACAUUUGAGAAAUAUUUUCUUCAAUUUAUACCUUUGUUUAUGAAAUUUUCCUUCUUCCCCUAAAACUUUUACCCAGUGAAAAACAGAACUAUCAAAUAGUUAGAGGUCGGGAUGAGAUAUACCUUAUCCCCCCUUAGAGUUGCCUUCUCUGUUUCAGAAUAAUACAGACCGAAGACAUUGUCAACAGAUUGUAUUCCGAGAAAAAUUCAGCUUGGAAUGGACUGCUCUAGCUAAUUAUCAAAAUAUUUGUUAAUGCACUUUUAGUUUUUCUCUUUGCUUAUCAAAUACUAUUUUUUAAAAUGCUGCAGUUAUUUUAAAGGAAUAAAAAUGGUUAGUUUUGUUAUGCUCAUUUGGAAUUGAAAUAUUUUCAUUUUCUUUAAAUGAAUUUUUAUGUAGUUAUGUAUCAACUUCUAGAUAUGAAAGUAUGCUUUAUAUGCUUUACAGGUUUAAAAUGAAAUUUUAAUCCCCCCCUUCCUACAUUAGCUAUUAAGUGGUUUAAAAUUUAUUUAAUGACUUUAAGCAAUGGGUGGAUUGUUUUAAAAUAUGUAUCAGUUAUAUUAAUUUAAAAUAUUUAAAAAAAAUUUAUAAAUGUUCCAAACAGAUGAAUUUUUUUUUUUAUUAUUAAAGUCAGAAAAUUAGAAAUAAUAUUUUCAUAGCCUUAAUUCUACUUAAUCCAUAUAUAUUUGAAUACUAUAUUUUAAAACAGCUUAAAAAUUAUAUGCCUUUUAGAAUGUGAAAUAGUUUGUUGAGUCUUUGAAUUAGUUGUUAAAAAGAAAACUAGAAAAUUUUAUUUAGAUUUAAAUGUUUCAGCAAAAAAUAAUUACUGCUCUUGUAUUUAGUAUUUUUGUAAUGACGUUUUAUUAUGCAAAAUAUGUAUGCACAAAUUUUUUUCCUACAGCUUUAUUUUAAGCCAGUACUGUUGCAAUUUUUUAAAUAUUCAAAAUAUAUAUUCUUUUGUGAAUAUAAUUAUUUUAUUAAUGUCUCUUCAUCGACUGUUGGUAUUAUGUGUUUACAUGUAUUAUUUUAAUGUAUAAUUGAUUGAUAAUCAAAGCAUUUUUAUGUAUGCUUUUCUUAAAUGUAUGCAAUGGAUAUGAAGCAGUGACAAAAUUUUGAUUCGAAAUUGUUUUGCAGAUCUUGAGAGUUUUUGUAGAUCUUUUUUAUUUGUUCAAUAGUUUUAAGUUUUUAUUAAACAGAAAUUUUAAAAAUUCAUUACUAAAAUUAUUUUAUAGCAAUACAUUUUUUUUCUGACUGAAAUUACUUCUUAAUUAAUUGAAGUUGAUAGAAAAGUAAAAUGGGACAUAAUUUGUUUUGGAGAUUUUCAUUUUGACAUUUUCCAACUACUAUGAACUUCAAUAAAUUGUAUAAAUAUGCAAUAAUGCAGUGUGUUGAAUUUUCAUCUUUUUUUCUCGUCCAUUUUUGUGAAUAUAAACAGGAUUAGAUGUUUCAGGUUCAGAAAACGUAUAUAAAAAUUCAAACCAUUUUUAUUUUUUUUUUAAUACAAGGAACUGCUCUCCUAUCACCUGGUGUCAAAAUUCCCUUAUUAAUUUUAUGAAAUUUUAAUUCAGUUUUAGACCAAUUUCCUAAUGCUGAAAAUAAUGGAACUUUUUGUUUGUCUCUGUGAAAGUAAUGCAUUAAAUGUUAGCUAUAUAUACUUAUAGGAACUUAUUAUUAAUAUUAUUAUUUUGAUAUUUUAAUAUGAUAGAUUUUAAUUUUGCAUUAAAAUUCUAUCAUUGAUAGUUUUUUUUUUGUAUUUAAAUUAAAAGAAGUUAUUAAUAAAGUGCUAUAUAUAAUAUGAAUGAAUCUUUAUAAAAUGGCCAUUUUCUAGUUUUUACUUAAUUGUUUAAUGCAGAGCUUCUUAAACUUUGUUGUAACCCAAAUGGAAUGAAAUAGAAUUGUAGUGGAAAUGGGGAAACUUUCGUGGCAUGUUCUUAGAUUUUUUUUACUAUACAUAAGAAAAAAUUUCUUAGAAAAUCUUCUGGAUAUGAAAUUUAUUUUUUUAUUAAUUAAUAUUUCAUUUUUUUAAAUUAAGGAUUAUGAAAUUUUUUUCCUUCCAAAAAUAAGAAUUCAAUAAUAUGAAAAAGUUGCAGUCUCGAUUUUUAUAUUUAAAGAACUGAAGAAAUUGAACUUGUAUGUUUCAGCAAUAAUUAAAUAAUAAAAUUACGUUUUAAUAUUGUAUAAUAUGAUGUAUAAAAUAUUAAACAGUUUCUACUUUUCAAUAUAUAUUUUUUCCCUUCCCCCAUUAUAAGGUUCAAAGGACAUUUUAUGUAUACAUCGUGCGAUGCACAUACAGAUUAGGCAAUACCUAAUAUACUAUAUAUAUAUAUAUAUAUAUAUUAUAGCAAUAAAUAUGUUGCUAUAAGAAGUGUUGUAAAAUUACCCAUUAUGAUUGUUUUUGCAUUCUGAAAAACUAAUUUUUGUAUAUAUAUUUGAGUAUUGUUCCAAAUUUGAAAACGUGUUGAAAAUUUAUUUUAAUACUGUUUAUGAAUUGUUUUCUUAGUUUUUGUCUACUGCCCUGCAUAUUCUAUCUUUAGAAAUAUUUGUUGAUAUAAACCUAAUUAUUAUUUUCAUAUUGAGUACACAUUUUAUUAAAGUAUGGAUUUGCAUUAAAAUACUUAUAUUUUUGAAAUUAUUGUUAGAAGUAGAUAAAUUGAACCCUGAAAUAAUAAGUUACUUUAUAUAAACAUAUUGCACUCUAAAUAUCUGUAAGAAAAAGUCUGAGUUGUAAAUAUUUAGCUUUACUUUAUGAUAGAAAUUUUUGAGGUGUGAGAUAGAUAUCUCUUAACUUGAAUUGGUGCUUUGGUUUGAUACAUUUUUACUGCCUGAAUAUUUAAACUUUAUUUGUUAAUGCAAAAAUGCAGUUUCAUUGCAGCUCUGUUUCAUAGUGCAAUGAAAUUAUUGUUGAUAAUUCAUAAAUGUAAUGUAAGCCUUUUCUUUCAAAAUAUUGUAAAGUCGCAUUCUCUUGUCUUGUAUACAUAUAUUAAAAUAAUUGCAUAUUACAUUUUAUUA